UGCGCUGCCUUUGACAUCCAGGAGUCACACACAAGUAAUACGUACGUCGUUUCAGUGUUCAACUCCGUCGGUCAUGCCAAUGGCCAACGACAACGGUGCGGUGCGUAACAGCCACCGGAGCAAGCAGCAGCACGCCGAAGGCCCGGCGGCCAUGCUCGCCAUCGGUACGGCGAACCCGACUGGCGUCGUAGUGCCUCAGGACAUUUUCGCCGAGAACAUCUUCCGCGUCACCAAGAGCGACCACCUUAUUGAGCUGAAAGAGAAGAUGAAGAGAAUUUGCCAAAAAACUGGCAUCGACAAACGGCACUUCCACCUGACAGAGGAAUCACUUGCUGCCCACCCGGAGUUCCUCGACCGACAGGUGCCAUCCCUCGACAGCCGCAUAGACAUGGCCGACACGGCCGUUCCGGAGCUCGCGCAGUGCGCCGCGAUCAAGGCCAUCGCCGAGUGGGGCCGCCCGGCCACCGACAUCACCCACCUCGUCUUCAGCACCUACUCCGCAUGGCAGGCCCCGAGCUUCGACCACCAGCUCGCCACGCUCCUCGGCCUCCGCCCCACCGUCUGCCGCACCAUACUCAGCCUCCACGGCUGCUACGGCGGCGGCAGGGCGCUGCACCUCGCCAAGCAGCUUGCCGAGAACAACCAUGGCGCGCGCGUCCUCGUCGCCUGCUCCGAGAUCACCCUCGUCUGCUUCGGCGGCCCCGACGGGGGCAACCUCAUCGGCAGCGCCCUCUUCGGCGACGGCGCCGGCGCCAUCAUCGUCGGCGCCGGACCCUUCGCCGAAGGCGAGCGCCCGAUCUUCGAGAUGGUCUCCGCCACGCAGACCACCAUACCACGGACCGAGCAUGUCCUCGGGAUGCAGGUGUCUGGCGGCGGCGUCGACUUCCACCUCGGCAUCCAGGUGCCCAUGCUCAUAGGCCAGAACAUCGAGAAAUGUCUCGUCGACGCCUUCAGCGGAUUCGACGACGCUCCCUGCUCCUGGAACGACCUCUUCUGGGCGGUGCACCCAGGCGGCCGUCAGAUCCUGGACAACAUAGACAACGAGCUCAAGCUCGACGCCGGGAAGCUGGCCGCCAGCCGGCAUGUGCUUCGCGAGUACGGCAACAUGAGCGGCGCCACCAUCAUCUUCGUGCUCGAUGAGCUGCGCCGCCGUCGGAAGGAGGACAGUGAUAAUCUGCUGCUGCCGGAGUGGGGCGCGAUGCUGGCCUUCGGACCAGGGAUCACGAUCGAGGCCAUGGUGCUGCGCUGCCCACGCGCAUCCCCUCUCAGCAAUAACUAAUCACAUCCGUCACCUUAAUUUACUACUUACUCCAUACUACUAUACGCUACGUAUUUUCCUGGGUAAUUCAUAAAAUCCAGAGUAUGUGUAAUUGAGUGUUUUCUCGAAAUAUUGUGUAAGCACGUGUGUGCUGUAAACUUUAGCGUUCUUUACGGUGCUUUUAGCAGGCAAACGUCUGCGUUAAUUUAUUACUAUGAUCAAUAAAGUGUUAUACUUCCUAAGAUAA